AUUUUUACUUUCCGUUACCUUUCAACCCAUCUUAUUCUUUCUACCCGAAAUCAUGGCCACCGUCACCACACAUGCCUCAGCCGCCGUAUUCCGGCCAUGCGCAUCGAAAGCUAGGUUUCUCACCGGGUACUCCAGUAAGUUAAACCGACAAGUUUGCUUUAAACCAAUGACUGCUUCAUCAAACAGCUCAUUCAAAGUUGAAGCCAAGAAAGGAGAGUGGUUGCCGGGUCUACCUUCACCGGCUUACCUCAAUGGAAGUCUUCCAGGCGACAAUGGCUUUGACCCCCUUGGAUUGGCCGAGGACCCCGAGAACUUGAGAUGGUUCGUGCAAGCUGAGCUGGUGAAUGGGCGUUGGGCAAUGUUGGGUGUUGCUGGGAUGCUUUUGCCUGAGGUUUUCACUAAGAUUGGACUGAUUAAUGCUCCUCAGUGGUAUGAUGCCGGGAAAUCCGAAUACUUUGCGUCGUCGUCGACCCUUUUUGUGAUCGAGUUCAUCUUGUUCCACUAUGUGGAGAUCAGACGGUGGCAAGACAUCAAGAACCCGGGAUGUGUGAACCAAGACCCUAUCUUCAAGCAAUACAGCUUACCCCCAAAUGAAUGUGGAUACCCCGGUGGCAUUUUCAACCCCCUCAACUUUGCUCCUACACUUGAGGCCAAGGAAAAGGAGCUAGCCAAUGGGAGAUUGGCAAUGUUGGCAUUCUUGGGAUUCAUAAUUCAACACAAUGUGACAGGGAAAGGACCAUUCGACAACCUGUUGCAGCACCUCUCAGAUCCAUGGCACAACACCAUCAUCAACACAUUCAGAGGUUACUAAAACCAAUUUAGCAGUUGUGAGUUUCCUGCUGUUCUUUUGAGUCGAGAUCUAAGCAUAUUCUAUUGCAAACAAAAAUGCUUCAAUGGAAAACUUCAGACUGCAUGUCUAAUC